AGGCCUCCUCAACCUAAGAGACCCAUCUACUACCCCCACCCCCCAACCUGAUGUACUCCCCUGGACCCCCAGACCACUAGAACAUUCUCCAAACCAGCCUGUUGCUGCAUGACUCAUGCAAUUGAAGAUUGAGACAAUCUCAAGAACAUGUUCAUUUUCAUCAAAUAUGGAGAUGAUCAGCAUUUUCUGGCCAAUACCAAUUGCUCUGUCCUCCUGUUGCUGCAUUAUGCUCGGAGAAAAUUAGGCUUGUACAAAAGAGACACCAUCGAUUUGUGUGAUGAGUCGGGGACAAUGAAGUUGUUUUUCCUGUUGAAGACCCCUGGGGAAUAUGCCAGCAAGUUCCUUACAGCUCGAAACACCUACUAUGUGUGCAGGGUGGACCGUGGCACACCAGGGACUCGACUUGAGAAUUCCUACAAGGCUUUUGUACCUCUCCUCAAGAAUCCGGAGCCAGAGCUACUUGAUGCUCUGCGCACACAAUGUGAUCUGCUGGAGAGGAGCCGCCUGAAGAUCCUUAGGACUCAAGAGGCCAAGAAGGUCGUCCCCAUUGAGUCCGUUGUGAACCUACCGGGAAAAGCUACCAAGUCCAGCACCUCAGCUCUCAGCCAACAAAGGUCCAAAGCGGCAGGACGAUCAGAUGAAGAGGGGCCCACCCGCAGGAGUCCACUCUAUAAGACUCGAGCAGACUUUUACAAGAAGGACAAGCAUCGUUAACUCAGUACAGUAAUGAAGUGAAAGCAGCAGUACUGGGUAUGAAAUGGUUGCACUCUUAAUGGGAGCUGGUUCCAUUUUUUAAACAGGCUCCUUCUCCUGGGAUCUGCACUAAGGCUUGAGUCUGGGUCCUGGGCACCAUGGAGGCG